UGUUCGCCGUGUCUCUGGAUAGAGGCAGCUGGCCACCCAAUGGUUGCGCGCGCGGCUCGUCAGUCGGCACACCGCCCGGGCGGGCGCCACACGACCGGAAUCUGCGCAAGCGACAGGCGACGCGAACGAAUAUAAUUUCAGUGAAAUAAUAACGCGAAUCCGCCAACGACCAUUGAAAUACGCACGCGCAAGAUUCUGUGAAACCAAUACGAGUAAAGAGAACGAGUCUCGAGUGCAGAGAACGACGGACGGCGCACAACGAGAGAGCGACAAGGGUUUCAGGGAAUCCCUUCAACGAAACGAUUCGAGAAAGGAGCUGAAACUGUGCUCACGGUUCUGCCCCUCGAUUUAUAAAAUCGCUCUGUCUCUAUCGGCCUAGCUCCUGCACCGCUCUAUAAAGUUGUAUAACGUAUAACGAACAAUCGAAACCACGCCCCUUGUCUGUGGCCACGACCGGGGGGGGCCUUAGGAUAUAUUAUAUGCAUAUACUAUAAUCUGCAGUACAGAUCUCUAAAGUGACGUCACAAUACACUAUUGUGAUAUAAUUCAUUAAUAUAUUAACUUAUUAUAAGCUUUGUAAUUCGCAUUUUGUAUAUUGCCCAUUUUGAAAUUGUUUUUUUUUUUAUUAUUUAUUUAUUUGUAAAUAUAAAAUAAAAAACUAUCUAACCAAAAUAUUAUUCACAUUGUAUCGUAACUAUUAUACUAGUCAUUCAUCUAGUGUAUUUAUUUUAAUAUAUUCAGACUUACUACUAUUUAAUAAUAUAAAGCUGUUUGUGUAACUAUAAUUAUAUUUAAAAAAAAAAAAAACGCUGAUAUAAGCGUAGGGUUUGCCAAAGAGGAAGCAGACAAUAUAAACCGUCCAAAAGCGCUACGAAAUAAAAAAUAUUUUUGCGCGUUUUAUAUUUGAGUCUAGUAAGUGUUGUAAUAAACAUCGGCAAAAUGCAAACUCAAAUGGGGGGUGACCUGCAAAGGAGCUACAGGGUGCAGGACUUUGCCUCACCAGGCGUCAUUAUGAGGGAGCGAAGCUUCAUACGGCCGCAGUCGCACCAUAACAUGCAUCAUAACCAGUUUCCGAACAAUGGGAAACGGCGGAGUAUGAUUCUGACAAACGCCAAAGGGAAGCCGACGCUCGAAAUCUAUAGACCUCCAGGUGUCCGCACAGACGGCGUGGCGACCACGGGUGGGAACACGGCUACUACGCCCACAACGCCAGGCUCCAACAAGCUGAAUGUGCAUGCUAAGGAAUUCACAAUGGCCAAGCCUGCUGAUCUGCAAAAUAGGUCGGCAAUAGGGUUGGGCUACACAAGCGUGGGGCUGCAGCACUCGCGGUCGGCAGUGUUGCACGCGCAGGUGCCGCCGCACUACCGGCCCGUGAUGCCUCCGCACUCGUUGCUCACUAGCGCCUCCAGUGGAAAUGUUCCUCAUGCCACGGUGGGUCCUCGUGUACACUUCAAGUUGCAGCCUCAGAUAUCUGAGAAGAAGAAGUCACCGCCAGCCUCCUUAACAAACGGCAAUGGCAAGAGCGUCAGACCACAAUCCUUCACACCGGGACUCAAACGUUCCAAAUCUUUAACAUCAGCUGACACUCUUGCCAGUGGUAUGGCAGCGUUGGGUCUUGCUGCGGACGCGGGAGAUCUCGGCAAUUUUCCCCCAGAAAUACAAGAGUGCAUUGACAAGGCACUGGAAGACCCGAACUCGGUGUGCGCGCGCACGCUCAUGGACGCGGUGGGGCACCUGGUGGCGCGCGCGGUGGAGUCCCCGCGGUACGCGCUGCCGGCCGCGCGCCGCUGCAUCGCGGUGGUGGAGCGCGAGCAGAGCGAGACCUUCCUCGAGUCGCUGCUCAACACCUGCCAGCAGUGGUACCACGACCGCGACAAGCUCCUGGGUACGAUAGUGGGCGGCGGCCGGCCGCGCCUGAUGGCGUUCCUGUCGUUCCUGCUGGAGAUGUACUGCCAGCUGCGGCGGCGCGCCAUCCAGCGGCGCGGCCACAGCGCGCCCGGACACGUGCUGCUGGCGCUCAUCUGCAAGUGCUGCGAGGACUGCAUCCGCCAGCCCGUGCCCUCGCCCAGCGACACGGAGAACCUGUUCUUCGUGCUGACGUACAUCGGGCGCGACCUGGAGACGCAGCUGCCGGGCGACCUGGAGCGCCUGCUGACGGCGGUGCGCGACGCCUUCAUCAACAGCGCCGCCGCGCCCUCCAUACGGCGCACGCUGCUGCAGCUCAUCGAGCUGCACGCCUCGCGCUGGCAGCUGCCCGGCUGCGCGGUGCUCUACUACUACCCCUCCUCCAAGUAGACUGCGGGCCCCCCCCCCCCCCCCUACCGGCUAGGUAGUACACGACGGAAAAACAUACCAAUAACGUUCUUCGCUACACUAAAGUGCCCAUUACAGCUGGUUAGGUAGUAGGUGAGGGGGUAAUAGUUGAAGAGAGAAAGACAAAUUAAGAACGUUCUUCGCUACUCUAAAGUGCCCAUUGCGGUCCCUCCCUCUGUAGGUGAGAUUUCGAUUAGCUAGUACUCAUGAAGUAAAGUAGGUAGUAGGAGGGGAGGUUAUAGGCGAAGAAACGUACUAAAUCCUCUUUCUCCCGACUUCUGGUUAAGUAGUAAGUUCGUUAAGUAGACCACCGUACUAGCGAGGGGGAUUGUAGUUAGUCUAGAGUGUUGUAGGAAAGUUGCAGGAGGGGAGGGGGGCUAUAGCCAGUGAGAGAAAACUGAGAGAAAACUCACCAACUUCCCCUCCCCCGCCUACGCUUGGUUAGGUAGUAGACGAUGUUUCACUUCACAAAUCUGUAGGGUUUACUUCACUACACUUUUCUGUUGAGUGCCGGCUAGGUAGUAGACGAGGUACCACUUACUAAUACCCGUGAAUCUGUAGGAUUUGCUCCACUACUCUAUUUUGUUGGAUGUCGGUUAGGUAGAAGAUGGGUUCCACCCACCAACCUAUCCUACCUAUCGUAUGCUGUACUGGCCUCAUGAGUAGAUGUUAUGAAGUACAAGGCACCCACUACCUUGUACUACAAGUAGGGUACAACGACUAGUCAGGUAGUAAUUGCUUAACUAUAUCCAUAACUUUUCUCUGUCAUAGGCCUAAUCUUUCUAAGAGAUUGUCCGUUGUAAAGAGAUAGAAAAUAUGGAUUGGUCAGUUAUCAUUUAAAUUGGAGGGGAAAAGGUUAGAUUAAGAUUUAACGCUACAGAAUCGUUAGUGAGAUGAUGGCGAUGGUGAUACCACUGAUACCAGGUUAGAGGUGGCAAAAGUGAGAUUUAAGAAAUUCUUAUCAUUUUGGUUUAACCUCGAUUAAACUAAUAUUUGAAAAAGCGAUUUAGAGAUGGGAUUUACUUCUGCUACCUUCUAAAUAUGGAUGAGUCAUUAAAAUUCAUGUAAUACAACGUACAGGAGGGUUAGGUAAUUUUUGUACGUCGGUGAAGGUUUCAUACAUUCUAGGUAAUUAGCUCUUGAAGGCAUGUUAAGUGUCCUUAAACGAGCAGACGUGUAAGAAAAUUAUUAUAAUUACAUGUUUUGUAAUGGUUAAGGAUUUCGAGUCAAUUAUAUUGUGGCUUAAUAGUUUCUACCUUUGUUUCAGUCUAGGCGUAUUAUUAAAAACUACUUAUAAGUCAUCCGUAUAAUAUGAAGAAUAUUUAAAAUUAUUUACAUUAAUUUCAAAAAAAAGAAAAAUGGUUUUUAUUAGAUUUGUUGUUUUUUUUUUAUGCAACUAAACUUUUUUUGUAAACAGUGUAGUGUUAAAUUAGAAGUUCCUAAAUGUGUAUUAAUAUUAUAUAGUAUUAAACACUUAAAAAUUAUCGAAUUUUAUUGAAAUGUACGUUAUAGGAGGAGGGGUCUCGUGUGUCAGAGAGUGUGUCUUAACAAAGGUUACAAGCAUUUCUUUGAGUGUUUAAUUUCAUUUCUAUUGUGAUCGUAGUGUUGUUAGUUGAGGUCGAUGAACUUAUAGCGUAUCGUAGGCAAUAGUUGCCAUAAGCUCAUUUUAUAAUACAUUACCUUAAAACGUAACCGUUUUUGCACAUUGUAAUACCAUUUACACUGUGAAGAUACGAAUUUAGUUAUAAUUUUUUUUUCUACUAUAAGGUCGAUUAAUGAGCAUAAUAUGCCUAAAAGUAUUAAUGAGUACGUGUAAAAUAAGUAGUUGACAAAUUAACUGUGUACAUUACUGUACGAUCUUCGCAUAGUACUUCGUGCAUUGUAAUCCUUUGGCGUCUUAGCUAACUUAGCGUUUUGCCAUUUCUUUAGGCCUUAACCACUCGCUCUUUUACCUUCCUACCUUCGCUAUAUUUUGUUAGUUAAAUAUAAAUAUAAAAAUUGUUUAUGAUAUUAAACGUAACAAGUUAUACGUUACAUCAUUAUGAGACUAUCUGUUAAUUUUAAGAACAAUUUAAUUGUUGCCAGUUGCAUAAUAUGCUUUGUUUUUAUUUAUAAAUUGCAUAAAAGUUUAGUAAGUUUGACUGAUGUAUAUACGAUGCUAAUAUAUAUGCUUGUGAUAUAUUAUAAAUUUAAGCUUUCUUGAAUCUUUUCUAUCCUAACCAAAGACUGUAUCCAUUCGGAGAUUUCACUUGAAUUAACAUAAAAAAUAUAAAUGGAUCUUGUUGAUGCUGGACCAAAUUGUUUCGUGUAUUGUCUAUGGCUCUGUGUUAAAGAGAGUCUGUAAAUUUUUCAGUUAUUAUUUCACUUUAGACUUAGAAUCGUGUGAUCAAUGUAUCUAAUAUUAAAACUAAUAAUAGUUUUAAGUUUUAGUUUACAUAUGGAUUAUUAUCAAAAGACCGUAAUUUUUUUACUUUACUAAUACAUUCAUUUACAUUAGACUAUGAUAGUUUGUUUGUAAAAGAUAAAAACAAAAAAAAAUGGUGCUAACCGCGUACAUUGAUAUUAUUAUAUUUAUAUCAUUAAUUGGCUUACGGGCAAUAUUCUCCUCGUAACAGUUCUAUUUCUGUACCUUUGCAUAAACAAAUAAAGUAUAAAACUAUAUAAAUA